GUGUCGCCGCCCAGCACAGAGAUCAGGGCGGGCUGAGCGCAGCCUGAACCCGCUGAAAGAACAGUCACUCAGUGUCGUGUCGUGCGAGAGUCGGGCGAAGUGCUCCAGAAGGAUCGAUACUUGUCUUUGGGAAUAUAAUAUUCUAUUUUACUGAUCGUUUGAAUCUCUGAAUCUCUCUGAUCGGAUUCACUUACAUCUGUAAAUACGAGCAAUUCAUCUAACCCGCUGCUGAACAGAAUAAAAUCCACCAAAGGCGUGAGAUGGUGUCAUUCGAGAGCUUUAUUCAACACAACGCAGAGACAACCCCAUUACAAUUGCAUCAAUAUGACCUAUUAAGAGCUAGAGAUCAUCCGGGUAAUUCUCAAGAAACCUGUCGAGCACAUUUCUGGCAGGACCUGAAAUUUGGCAUGGAAUUGCAGGAGGUGGUAAAGCGAUGAAUAAGCUACGGCAGAGUUUCCGGCGAAAGAAAGACGUGUAUGUGCCGGAGUCCAGCCGACCGCACCAGUGGCAGACAGAUGAGGAGGCCGUACGUGGGGGCAAAUGCAGCUUCGCUGUCAAGUAUCUGGGACACGUGGAGGUGGACGAGUCUCGCGGCAUGCACAUCUGUGAAGAAGCCGUCAAGAGACUGAAGACGGACAGAAAGUUCUUCAAGGGCUUCUUUGCAAAAGCUGGGAAGAAAGCUGUGCGGGCGGUGCUCUGGGUGUCUGCUGAUGGCCUGCGGGUCGUAGAUGACAAGACAAAGGAUCUGAUUCUGGACCAGACAAUAGAAAAAGUGUCGUUCUGUGCUCCGGAUCGGAACUUUGAGCAUGCAUUCUCCUACAUCUGCAGGGACGGUACCACGCGCCGCUGGAUCUGCCACUGCUUCAUGGCCAUCAAAGACUCGGGGGAGCGUCUGAGCCAUGCGGUGGGCUGUGCAUUUGCUGCCUGCCUGGAGCGCAAACAGAAGCGGGAGAAAGAGUGCGGCGUCACGGCCACUUUUGACGCCAACCGUACCACCUUCACACGAGAGGGCUCCUUCCGUGUUACCACAGCAACAGAGCAGGCGGAGCGAGAGGAGGUCAUGCGGCAACUGCAGGAUGCCAAGAAGGACUCGGAGGUUGUGUUGGGUGGCUCUUCUGUCAUUGCGUCUAACCCAGCGGUCACCCUCGCUGGACCCAACGGCUCAUCCUCUUCUCCUCCUCUGCCUAUGGCUUCACUGGCUCCUCAGGAACCCAAUCCUCACGCCAUCCCCCGACGCCACGCCCCUGUGGAGGCCCUCGCCCGCCAAGGUUCGUUCCGGGGUUUCCCAGCGCUCAGUCAGAAAACCUCACCCUUCAAACGGCAGAUGUCACUGCGCAUGAACGAGCUGCCCUCCACCAUGCAGCGCAAGUCUGACUUCCCCAUGAAAAACACAGUGGUGGAGGUGGAGGUGGAGGGUGAGGGUGACAGCAUCAGCUCUCUGUGCACUCAGAUCACAUCCACCUUUAGUGGACCCCCAGAAGACCCGUUCUCAUCUGCACCCAUGCCCAAACCUGCCUCCUCACCACAGUCACCCUCUGUGCCAGCUGUAGUCAAUGGUGCGGCUCCUGUCUUCUCGCAACCCAGUGUCUCUGUAACUGCAAUUAACUCCCCAAUCCUACCGCCCCCGCUUCCUGUCAGAGAUACUAACCCCUGGGCCAAGACCCCAAGCACAGCCCCCUCGACAGCACAUACAGGUGGUGAGUGGCCGAGUCCUGCAUCUGCAGUUGGAGCUCUACCUGCAGUCAGCGCAACUCUUUCUGCACCUGCCCCAUCUCACAAACGCACACCAUCGGAAGCAGACCGCUGGCUGGAGGAGGUGUCCAAGUCUGUGCGAGCCCCUCAAUCUGCCGCCGGCAUCAUGAGGACGGAGACACCUCCUGCUCAACAGACCUUUCCUGUGCCCAUGCCUGUUCCAAUGGCCCCCGGCCCUACUGCACCGUUCAUGCACUCCAUACCAUCUGCGGUCCCUACUGUACCCCCACGCCAGCCUGCAUUCCACGCUCAGGCUCCAGCUUCCUUCCCAGUGUCCAACGGGCUCCCGUUUGUCCAACCGAGCUUUCCGGUGGUCGGAAUCACACCUUCACAGAUGGUAGCCAACGUGUUUGGUUCAGCCACACAAACUCAACCGAUCCCAGUGCCCAUUCCGGUGGCCCAGACGCAGAUUCAGUCUUCACCUUUCUCAACCCCACCAUUAGCCCAGUUUGACACCCAGGGUGUGUGCAGCCCCUUCGGCAAAUCAUUCCUACCUCCUGUGUCUAACGUCCCAGCACCGCCAAAAGGGAGUGCCGCUUUUAAUGGGACGAAUAGCUGGGCCGCAGUGGCGUCACCCGUGCCGUCUAUGGCUUUGCAGCCACAAACCGAUGCAUUUGAAGCUCAGUGGGCUGCCCUGGAAAGCCGCUCACAGCAACGUACCGCCCCCUCUUCCACAAACCCCUUCUCUAGCGAGCUCCACAAGACGUUUGAGAUCCAGCUCUAAGGAUUGGUGGAGUGGCCAAGAGUCACAAACAGACACUGAAGGACAACUUGAUAGAUGUUAGUGGAGGGACAACAAAAAGGGCAAACGGCCUGUUCGACUUGCAAACCACUUCAGCUCCAUUUCUCAUCUUUCCGUUUCUUUGUCUGUUCGUCGUGUCUGGUUUUUGCUUGUGACAUGAUCACUGGGGAUGACUGUGUUUAUGGGGGUGCUCCUAGAAUGCUGUUAUUGACAGUACUUGGAUAAAACUAGGCACAUUUGUGUCCGAGAUGAAUUGGAGUGACAAGAUGAUGGUGCCGCAUCUUAAAAAUAAAUCUUUUUAUGCUCUAACAUGACGACAUAUAGUUCAGUACCCAUACUAACCCGGCUCACGGCGCCCCCGAGCAGCAGGCUAGAUGACUGCUCCCAACCUUAAGGACAAGGCACUGAGAAUACCUUCCAGGUUCACAAGGUUCUUGUAGAACUUCACAAUCAGAAGAGGAAGCAAGAGAAUGCCAAAAUCUUUAUUUUUAUGCAUUAAGUAUAUUUUAAAUAGCUUUGAAAAUUUAACAGAAGAGCUGUAAAUAAUCUUUCCAAAGGUGUGCAGGCUUAUUUUGUGUGCAAACAGGAAAAGAGCAUAUGUAUAACGCGUGAAGGGACAGUUUUAAUUUCUCGUCUUGGAAUUUUUUAUUUUAGUCUAUGGCCAUCUUAAUGGUUUGGAUGUUUGUAAAUAGAUAAUCAAUAUGGACCCUGCAUUGGGAUUAAUCACACAGGUUCCAGAAAAUGUUAUCUGUCUUUCAUGUUGUCAAUUUAACCUUGUUUUUUGUACUAUAGUACUCAUCAGUACUUUGAUUUCUAUUGCCUACAUAUCAUUAUAACAUUUUUUUGCCAGUUUUAAUUCAUUUUAACACUAUUGACAGUGUCAUCUGUCAAGCCACUUAUGUUUUUAUUUUAUUUUAAGAAGAUAUCUAUUCAUGUUAGUACAAGCACUGUACUAAUUGAACAUUUGGCCACUUGUAGUUAAUAAGACAUCAGUCUGGUGAGCAUAGGUGAGCUGUGAUGAUCACAGUGGUGAAAAUAUCUCUGGAUCCAACUGUAAACAGAUUGCAUUGAAUGGAAUCAGUUGCUUUUUUACUUUGUUUGAUUUUUUUUUUUUGUUUCUGCUUUUCGUGCAAUCCCAUCAACCCCUUUGUUUUAUCAGAUGUAAACAUGACUGGUCCUGUUUUUAGGUUUUGAUUCCAUUUUGUAAGUAUUGCAUUGUAUUAUAACAAUUCUUUACGGGAAAAUUUAAUCUAAAAGAUUGAAUAAAAUGUUGGUGGUAGGGGAAAAUG